GGGCCAAUAGUGUCUGGACAGCGAGACGCCGCGAAGAGAAGCCGCUCGGACUCGCCGGGACGCACGAAAUUGCGCUGUGCGCAGAGCACUCUGGGAUUUGUAGUUCCACAAGAUGGAUGCCCCGGGGCCACUGGGUCAGGUGGAGGUGUUCCAGGCCCUGCGGCAGCUGCACAUGACCAUCUUCUCCCAGAGCAUCUCACCCUGUGGGAAAUUCCUGGCAGCUGGCAACAACUACGGGCAGAUCGCCAUCUUCAGCCUGUCCGCUGCUUUGAGCUCUGAGGCCAAGGAGGAAAGUAAGAAGCCAGUGGUGACCUUCCAAGCUCAUGACGGGGCGGUUUACAGCAUGACGUCCACGGACCGCCAUCUGCUCAGCGCUGGGGAUGGGGAGGUGAAGGCCUGGCUGUGGGCAGACAUCCUCAAGAAGGUAAAAGGUUGUAAGGAGCUGUGGCGUCGGCAGCCCCCGUACAGGACCAGCCUAGAAGUGCCAGAAAUCAAUGCCCUGCUUCUCGUCCCCAAGGAGAAUGCCCUCAUCCUGGCGGGCGGAGACUGCCAGCUGCACACCAUGGACCUGGAGACGGGCACCUUCACCCGGGCCCUCCGAGGCCACACAGACUACAUCCACUGUCUGGCUCUGCGGGAGCGGAGCCCUGAAGUGCUGUCGGGUGGCGAGGAUGGUGCAGUGCGGCUCUGGGAUCUCCGCACUGCCAAGGAGGUGCAGACCAUCGAGGUGUACAAGCACGAGGAGUGCUCCAGGCCCCAGAACGGCCGCUGGAUUGGCUGUCUGGCAACAGACUCAGACUGGAUGGUCUGUGGUGGGGGCCCGGCACUCACUCUUUGGCACCUCCGCUCUUCCACGCCCACCACCGUCUUCCCUAUGUGGGCCCCCCAGAGGCAUGUCACCUUCUACCAGGACCUGAUCCUCUCCGCCGGCCAGGGCCCCUGCGCCAACCACUGGCAGCUGAGCGGGGAGCUCAAGGCCCAGGUGCCCAGCUCCUCUCCGGGGCUGCUCAGCCUCAGCCUCAAUCAGCAGCCGGCUGCCCCCGAGUGCAAGGUCCUGACCGCUGCAGGCAACAGCUGCCGUGUGGACGUCUUCACCAACCUGGGCUACCGCGCCUUCUCCUUGUCUUUCUGAUGCCUGCCCCCUCCCUGCCGCUGGGCACCUUUCUUUAGUUUUUACAAAUAAAGUCUCAGGCUUUGCUCCUUUG